CAGAAACAAUACAUGUGAGCAGCAGGCAUCGCUGGCUGCUGAUACACAACUCUGCUUCACUGGCUUUUUGACAGACAUUUAAUGACGGGGGAACCUGAGAAGCAAAAUCAGGUUCAUGAUGCCAUUUCAACAUCCACAGUAACAGAGCGGCCACACAGGUGCACCACAGCAUGGAGCUUGUCUCGGUGGAGCAUGAUUUCGAGUACAAAGCAAAGGAUGGUCGCCUUGUAUCCAUCAAACCAAACGAGAGUUACAUCCUGGUGUCCAAAACCAAUGACCACUGGUGGCAUGUUCGCAAAGACCUGCACAGCAGACCUUUUUAUGUCCCUGCUCAGUAUGUGAAGGAGCUCUCAGCCCCCACCAAAGACUGUCCUGGUCCCAGUAAACUGAAUAUAGAUGAAUGUCUGAAUAAUAGUAAGCCUGUGAAUGUGACUAAGAAAACACCACAUGAUACAACAGUUGUGCUUCGUGAAUCUGCUGUGGACUAUUCAAGGGAGACAUGCCGCUUCUCCACUUUUGGUUUCUGUGACAAUGCCCCUGAUGUGAAGCUAUGUGAGCCUCUGAAAGAAAUACCACGCACCAGUAGCUUUGCACACACCUUAAAUGACACAAAGACUCACAACUCAAUGCGAAGUUUUUCAUUUACUUCAAUACCUCUGCACACAGAAGGCCUGCAACUGUAUGCAGAACCUCAUGCUAAGCCAAAGACCAGGGAAAAACAGCAGGAGGCCAAAAGCUCACUGCAGGACGGUGAAACUGAGAAGCCACUUACCGUUGUGGAUGAUACAGAUGUGGGCUUCCCUUCACCCCCACCACUAUUAUAUUGCAUGAUUCCAGAGAUAAACAUCACUGAAUUUGACACUUCUGCUGAGAAAUCAGAUCAUGUGGCUUCAUCAUUACGGCUCAGUUUAAAUCAGCCUGCAGCAGCAGCAGCUUCUCCUAUGGAUGAACAGGUGCAGAAUGAGAGUCUCCGGACAGCAGUGUACGUCAAUGUAGAGCAGCUUCGUCGAAGCAUCUGCGAGUCUCCCCACUCAGCUUCAUCGCCCGGCUCACCUUCCUAUCUUGACCAGGAAGAAUGGGAGGUGCAUGUUGACCAAGAAAGUGGACAGGAAUACUAUUAUCACCCCGCUACGGGGCACACCACUUGGGAUAACCCCUUUUUAGACUCCCCUACAGACCCUGAGCAGCUUUCUCUAAAGGAGCCCUGCUCCCCCACGCCUUCUCAGUCUCCUAUCCGUUCUCUGUCCACUUCCUCCCCCACUGGGUGGACCUCAGACUGGGAGCAGUUAGUGGAUGAGACCAGUGGUCGCCCCUACUUCUACAAUCCAAUGUCUGGGGAGACGUCCUGGGAACCUCCAGAGCAGCAGAGCCCAUAUCCCCCUCUGAUGGAGCCUAUGAGUGUGCACAGGUUUCAUGAAGAUGGGCCGCCUCCAUUACCAGAGGAGGACUACCCUUGUGAGGAUUACCCCCCUGCAGAACAGCCAGAAGCCCACGAGGAGCCCCUUACAACUGGACCUCCCACUCUCCCGAAAGAGUACACCCUCAGCCAUGUUUGCCGGACCAUCAUUCCCCGGGCCAAUCUGGACCGCAGCACCCCACCUGGUUGGCACCUCACCGUGGAACCCAACGGGACAUGGGUGUUCACAAGUGAAAACUCUCCAGAUCAGUGGAUCAAGUCUGUGGAUGAACGAGGGCAGACCUACUACUACCUGAGAGAUGGUUCCAAGUCCCAGUGGAACCUGCCUGAAGUUCCUGUAGCUCCAAGCCAGUACAGGGUGGAAAAUGGUGUUGAGACCCAAAAUGUGUCAGUCAUGAAAAACUGGAGACACACCAUGGGACCUGCUCAGCUCAACGUCACCCAGGAUGAUGGGAGGUUUGUCCCAACUCACAAGAGGAACACGUCAGACUACAGCAGCGACAGCUCCAGUACAGGAAACUCUCCAGAGACGCAGCAUAACGUGCAGAACUUGGAGAAAGCUGGAAUCCUCAAUAAAACAAAAGUGUCUGAGAAUGGAAAGAAAGUGAGGAAAAACUGGACUCAGACAUGGACAGUUCUUCAUGGAGGAGUCCUGACUUUCCACAAGGACCCAAAGUCAACAACAACAGGUGCCGCGAGCAAGACCAAUCAGAUUGUUCCCGAGGUCACAGUGGAUCUGAAAGGCGCUGCGAUUGGCUGGGCUUCGAAGGACAAAUCCAGUAAAAAGAAUGUAUUAGAGUUAAAAGGAAAGAACGGUGUGGAGUUUCUCAUACAGUAUGAUACAGAAAGCAUCAUCACUGACUGGCACAAAGUCUUAGUGGACACCAUACGACAACUUGAGUACCAGGACCACCAUUCUGAGGAGGAAGACAGCGAUUUAUAUGAAAAGAUCAGCAACACAGACGACAAGUUUGGAAGCAACCUAGAGAAGCGAAGACCCUCCAAGCCAACUGUCACACAUUCAUCCAGCUCUGUUGGAGAAACAGACCAGAAAAAGGUUCGAACCAAGCUAAUGAAGUUCCUCAUGAAACGACCCACGUUGCAGUCAGUCAAAGAAAAAGGCUACAUCAGGGAAAAUGUGUUUGGCUGCCAUCUUGCCACACUAUGUACACAGGAGAAGACCACAGUCCCCAGUUUUGUGGAGAAAUGUAUUAAAGCAGUGGAGAAGAGAGGUUUAGACAUUGAUGGAUUGUAUAGAGUCAGUGGGAACCUUGCUGUCAUACAGAAACUGCGCUUUAAGGCUGAUCACGAGGAGCUGGACCUUGAGGAUGGUCAAUGGGAAGAUGUUCACGUCAUCACCGGAGCGCUGAAGUUAUUUUUCCGAGAGCUUCCUGAGCCGCUUUUCCCCUUCAGCCACUUUAAUAAGUUUAUCUCAGCCAUCAGAAUUCCUGAUUACAAUGCAAAACUGUCUUACUUUCGUGAUCUGGUCAAAUCACUUCCUCCUCCAAACCAUGACACAAUGAAGCUGCUUUUUGGGCAUUUACACAGGGUCAUCCAGUGUGGCGAAGACAAUCGCAUGACUGUACAGAAUGUGGCGAUUGUGUUCGGCCCGACGCUGCUUCGGCCAGAGAUGGAGUCAGCAAACAUCGCCAUGCACAUGGUCUUUCAGAACCAGAUAGUAGAGUUCAUCCUAAAUGAAUAUGAGCGCAUCUUUCACUCCAGCUAAAGCAGUCACAAGUCUUCAGUGCAGACCCAGGCAAACGUCUGAAUGUGUUGCAGCUAUCUUUGCAUGCACAUAAGCAGCUUCAGUGAAACAACUAAAAUUAAACUCAUCUUGUAUAAAAUAAGUCAAAGGGCUCUUCAAGUCUAACCUGAUUAGAUAAGGGCUCUUCCAGCUGUCUUUGCUGAAAACAUUAGAAGCAUGUUUAACCUCUGUUUUGUCGGGAUUUUUUGACCAUCAGAGGCUCAUGUUAAAACUCUCUUUGCCAGUAUUGCGGGAUUGGAUGUCGAGUCGCACAGCUGCAGACAUGUGUGGUUUGCUUUUAUCUCUCAAAAACUUACUGAGUUUGUUUCUUUAUUAAAGGAAGGACUGUAACAAAUCACUUUUACUCUUUGAGACACUAGGUGUCUGUUUCUCACAAGCCACUUUCUCAACUUUAAUUUUCUUGCUUGUUUUUGCUUUUUGUUUCAGUUUGUCUGACCUUUGUGUCAAUAGAAGCCAAUUCUGAAUGAGUGCAUUAAUGCUGUCUUAAAGAAAUUAUCAGUAAUUGCUUCUAACUUUAUUUUAAAGCAUAUAAAGAGUUUUAAACAUAGUUUUUUUUUUUUAUUUGAAAUUACAGUAUAUCACUUAUUGCAAUAACUGAGAUUAUCUUGUAAUACUGCAUUUUUGUCUCACCCUUCAUUUUACCUAUGAAUGUUAUUGUAAUAUAGAAAUGUAAAAAGUAUGAAUAUUAAUACAUCUUGCUGUGGAGUAGACGGUGACAGAAAAUUUGUGCAGGUCAUAGACUAUUUUUCAUGCUAUUGU